AUGUUCUAAAGUAUUGAGUUGUUUAAAGAAUUAAUUAAAAGUGCAGUUGUUUAUAGAUAUAUGAAACCAGCUAAUUUUCUCAAUAAUAUGAGUACUGUCAAAAUUGCAGAUUAUAGAUUUGCAAAAUAUGUUGGGUAUUAUUCAUCAUCAUUACUAAAUCUUGUGUUGAAAAUCCUCCCCAUAAAGCACCUUAAGUUUUAGAAGAUAUUAUUAUAGCACUAAAUGUGA